GAGAUGUCACGUAUUAAAAUAAAAAGAUUGAGGUUAUGUAUCUGUCAAACAUUUUUCUUUAUUAUUAUUAACAUGUAAAUCCAUCAUUUCCUACUAAAAAUGGAUGUUCCACCAACAAAUUUUACAGUAGAUUACCAAUCCAUUUUACCAAUUCAACAAAAACGGACAAUAGCCUUUGUAAAUAAUUUCGUUAUGAACACAGUUUCUUUUCUAAAUCAUUUCGCGCAAUCUUGCGAAUCAAGAUUAAUGGAGUUUGAGUAUAAAGUCCAAAAAGUUGAGGCGGGGUUAAUGAUUUUAGAAUCUCAAUUAGCAUCGAUACAAGGAAUCAACGAGAAUGAUGAAACUCCAAUAAAAGAAUCAAAUAAUUCCGUAGAGUUGCCUUCGAUAGUUACUAAUCAAGAAGAAAGUGAUAAAAUAGACUCAGUUAACGAACCAAAAGGAAUUAUUGCUUGUCAAGAUGAGAGAUUUGCCCACUUUUUUAAAAUGGUUCAAGUUGGAGUUCCUGCGCAAGCUGUUAAAAAUAAGAUGAUUAUCGAAGGGGUCGAUCCAAAUAUCUUAGAUACACCAAAUGCUGUGAUUGAUUAAAAGAUAAUCGAAACAAGAAAAAUCAACUCAGUAUUAUUGUUAUACUUUAACGGUUAUUUUUAUAGAAAGAAUUUAUUAAAAUAAAAACUAUUUUUAAGAAACA